GUAGGCGUAAGCGGAGAUUUUGCCCGCUAGCAGAGACUCUAGGAGUGAUCUUCUUUAUACUCCCAUCCUCUGAGGCCGUGCCCCUGUCCCCAAAGGCCAUGGGUCGGAUCUCGGGGCUCGUGCCCUCUCGCUUCCUGACACUUCUGGCGCAUCUAGUGGUCGUCAUCACCUUAUUCUGGUCCCGGGACAGCAACAUCCAAGCUUGCCUGCCUCUCAGUUUCACUCCUGAGGAAUAUGAGAAGCAAGACAUUCAGCUGGUGAUAGCACUGUCUGUCACCCUGGCCCUCUUUGCAGUGGAGCUGGCCGGUUUCUUCUCAGGAGUUUCCAUGUUCAACAGCACUCAGGGUCUCAUCUCUAUUGGGGCUCACUGUAGUGCAUCUGUGGCUCUAUCCUUCUUCAUAUUCGAGCGCUGGGAGUGUACCACAUACUGGUACAUUUUUGUCUUCUGCAGUGCCCUCCCAGCUAUCACUGAAGUGGCUUUAUUCGUUGCUGUCCUUGGUCUAAAAAAGAAACCUUUUUGAUCACCUUCAUGACGGGAAAGAAAGUAAGGACGAAGGAUGGAGGAGUGAGAAGCUGCUAACCGUUCCUGGAAGAAGGAAAGCAUAGGCUUCAGUUUCUUCUCCCUCUCCUCUCAAACUAUUUCUGGUAAAGGAUGGCAGUGGGAUAAUUAUCUCCCGAAUACGAGAUUAGCGUUUUCCUUAGU